AUGUAUAGAAGUGGAGAAAUAAAAGAAAAAGACAUAAAUACCCUAUUGUCGGAGAGAAGGCAACGUGUAAUUUGGCAUCAUCACCCUCUUGGAAACCUAAUCUCUCCCUCUUCUGCCCCUUCUGUAAUUCCCAAUCCCACCCUUCCCUUAGUUUCCCUUCCUCUUCUCCCAUUUCUUCCCCGAUUUCUCCUUUUACCCGCCAAUUUCAACCUCCUUUCUCCAACGGCUCCUUUCCCACUUCGAUUCCCUCCUCCGAACCCUAGGUUCCUUCUUCCCGGAUCGGUGAUUGCUUCAGCAAUGGCGAAUCGCGAUUUAAUGCUUGGACAGAAUCGUAAUAUCGGUAUUGGUCAGGGUCAAUCGUUGGUGCUUGGUCAUAGCCACAGUCUAGGGCUUGGUCAAAACCAUGAUUUGGAGUUAGGGCAAGGCCACGAUAUGGAUUUAGGACAGUCUCAUCAUGAUCAUGAACUUGGUUUGGGACAUCAACAUGAUGACCACGAGCUAGGCUUAGGACACAGUGAGAACCAGGAUGAAGAGGAUCACCAUCAUCACGACUAUAUGAACGAGAACGAAAUCUCGGCGGAUGAAAAGCCUGGACACGACGACGUUGAUCCCGAUUUGGUUCUUUCCUCGCAGAACCACGAGUUUUCGUUGUCGGAUAACAACCAGCUGGUGGUUGGGGAAAACCAUGAGCUAGACGAGAAUCUUGAACUAGCCGUUGACUCGAGUCAUGAAAUUGGGAUUGAUCAUCACGGUGAAAUGGUUAUGGUUAGCACUCCGGUUCAAGCCCGAGCUCUCUCUGGUGAGCUGACAUACCAACUCACGGUUGGGCAAGAGUUUCCUGAUGUGAAGAGUUGCCGUAGAGCAUUGAGAGACAUGGCCAUUGCUCUUCACUUCGAGAUGCAGACAAUAAAAUCCGACAAAACACGCUUCACGGCUAAGUGUUCGAGCGAAGGAUGUCCAUGGAGAGUCCAUGCAGCAAAGCUCCCCGGUGUGCCAACUUUCACAAUCAGGACUAUCCAUGAAAGCCAUAGCUGUGGAGGAAUAAACCAUUUGGGUCACCAACAAGCUUCGGUUCAGUGGGUUGCUAGCUCGGUCGAGCAACGGCUCCGUGAGAAUCCAAACUGUAAACCGAAGGAGAUUCUUGAAGAGAUUCAUCGGGUUCACGGGAUCACCUUAUCGUACAAACAAGCGUGGCGUGGUAAAGAAAGAAUCAUGGCGACGAUGCGCGGAUCUUUUGAAGAAGGGUAUCGGCUUCUUCCUCAGUAUUGCGAGCAGGUUAAGAGGACGAAUCCGGGAAGCAUCGCUUCCGUUUAUGGAAGUCCAGCUGAUAAUUGCUUCCAGCGUCUCUUCAUAUCGUUUCAAGCUUCGAUCUACGGGUUUCUUAAUGCUUGUAGACCGCUUCUUGGAUUGGACAGGACGUACUUGAAGAGCAAGUAUUUGGGAACUCUGCUUCUCGCGACUGGAUUCGACGGUGACGGAGCUCUGUUUCCGCUGGCGUUUGGGAUCGUGGACGAAGAGAACGACGAGAACUGGAUGUGGUUUUUGUGUGAGCUUCACAACCUCCUCGAAACAAACACAGAGAACAUGCCGAGGCUCACGAUUUUGUCGGAUAGACAAAAGGGAAUAGUGGAAGGCGUGGAACAGAAUUUUCCGACUGCGUUUCACGGGUUCUGUAUGCGGCAUUUGAGCGAGAGCUUCCGCAAGGAGUUCAACAACACCAUGUUAGUUAACUAUCUCUGGGAAGCUGCUCAAGCUCUAACUGUAAUCGAGUUUGAAGCCAAGAUUCUUGAAAUCGAGGAGGUUUCUCAAGACGCAGCUUACUGGAUCCGGCGGAUCCCUCCUCGGCUAUGGGCUACGGCGUACUUCGAAGGACAACGGUUUGGACAUUUAACCGCGAAUAUAGUCGAAUCAUUAAACUCAUGGAUCGCUGAAGCAUCUGGACUUCCGAUUAUUCAGAUGAUGGAAUGCAUCAGGAGGCAGCUCAUGACUUGGUUCAACGAACGGCGAGAGACCAGCAUGCAAUGGACUUCGAUACUCGUCCCAACCGCAGAGCGGCGUGUGGCGGAGGCUCUCGAGCUUGCAAGAACCUAUCAGGUGCUUCGAGCCAAUGAAGCGGAGUUUGAAGUUAUCUCUCAUGAAGGAAACAACAUCGUGGAUAUUAGGAACCGGUGUUGUCUUUGUCGGGGAUGGCAGUUAUACGGGUUGCCUUGCGCACACGCUGUGGCGGCUCUUCUUUCUUGUAGACAGAACGUUCAUAGGUUCACUGAGAGCUGUUUCACUGUGGCUACGUAUAGGAAGACUUAUUCGCAGACGAUUCAUCCGAUUCCGGAUAAAAGCCUUUGGAGAGAGCUCUCUGAAGGUGAUCCAAACGUGAAUAAAGCCGCUCUUGACGUUAUUAUAAACCCGCCAAAGUCGCUGAGACCGCCUGGUAGGCCGAGGAAGAGACGGGUUCGAGCUGAGGAUAGAGGACGAGUGAAGCGGGUUGUGCAUUGUAGCCGGAACCAUACUGUGGACUCGAGUGAGUUACUUGGUAAAAAGGCGUAAAGUGUUACUAUAAACGAUCACCUCUCUUGAUCAAUUUCAAGAUUUCAAGCAAUAUAUAUGGAAACAAACACUUGAAGAACAAUACCUGUUUGUUGAAUCCUUUCUCCAUUUAUAUAUAUUUUUUCUUGUAUCAGCUCGGGCGAAAUUUUUUUACGCAUAAACUCUUACGUUUCUUCAUAUUUCCUGAGUUCAGAUUUUAUUUUUAUUUGGAAUGUAUUUUAUUUAGGUUUAAUCACAAGGUACCAAAUCUUAUGUAUCUUUUACCCUUUUAUUGCGAUUCAAAUAACAAUCUUCUUACACAAA